CCUCUCCAGUCACCUCCAAAGGGGGCCACCAUCCCCUACCACCCUGGCCUCUCCCUGGGCACCAUCCUGCUCUCUGCCAACCAGGGCUUCUCCAUGCAGGGCCAGUACAGCGGGGUCUCUCCCGCAGAGGUGACGAAGCUGCAGCAGCUGUCGGGGCACACGCUCCCCUUCGCCUCCCUGGGCCACACACCCUCCAUGGUGCCAGGCCUGGACACCAGUUCCCAGAGCAGCUCCCAGGAGUUCCUGGUGCCCAACGACCUCAUCGGCUGCAUCAUUGGCCGGCAUGGCAGCAAGAUCAGCGAGAUCCGGCAGAUGUCAGGCGCCCACAUCAAGAUCGGGAACCAGAUUGAAGGCUCCAGCGAGCGGCACGUGACUAUCACGGGGUCCCCCGUCAGCAUCACUGUGGCUCAGUACCUCAUCACAGCCUGCUUAGAGACGGCCAAAUCUACCUCCCAGGCGCCGCCAGGCCCUGGCUCCGUGGACCUCG